AUGUUCGUCGAUCCCUCGGCACCUCCUCCCGCUACCCGCACCAGGGGCCUCUCCUCCCUCCCCACCUCCAUCCUCCUCUCGAUCCUUCAACAAGCCUCCUACUGUCCCGGCCUGUGUGACUCCGACCCGGACCUCCUCCUCCGCUUCGGCCGCGUCUGCAAAGACUGGUACAACCUCGUCCUGCCCCUCGCCUGUCGCACCCUUCGCGCUCCUCACGUUCCCUCGCUCGUCGAUCCCUUCUCGAAGCUUCCGCUGCACCAGCAUGUCCGCUACGUCGCUUUCAAUCCUGCGAUGGUUGAGGACGAACUGAGCGAGGAGGAAGAGGCGUUCCUCAGGGAGCGGUAUGAGUUUGAGGCGGGUAGGAGAGCGGAGGAGGGUGAGGCGUUACCUGGCUUUUGGGCGUUCUGCGAGGAAGUGUACAGGCGCUGGGGAGACAAAGUUGGGAAGAAGGAGCGAGAGGCGCUGGAAAAGGUGGUCAAGUUUGUCGAGGAGGAUCGGGCGGUCAUGCGACGCUGGAAAGACUUGUUCGUCCGCUACGCGGACUCGCUCGAACAGCUCGACGUGCUGUUGAUCGAGCCCGUACUGGACGAUUACCCGAUCCAGCAUAUCACGGACCUCUAUGGGCGGCUGUUGGGCGCCCGAUCGCACGACUACCUCCAACUUGAAUCGCUGCCCGUUUUCCGAACGCUCACGACCCUUCGAAUCAGCGUCUGCGACGGGAUUGACCUCGACAUGUUUGUCCAACACGCGCAUCUGUUCCCGGCGCUCGAGGAACUCGCCCUCAUUUGGGCCUACGUCGUGCCGUUCCUCGAGUCGCUUGAGGAGUUGCGCAUCAGGACGUACUACACCUCGACGCCGACAUCGACGCCCGACGGACUGCCACUCGCACUCGAUAACAUCUUCCCUGGGCACAUCCGCUCGGACGUCUUGCGCGUCUUGCAAGUCGAAAUCGCUGUCCGCUGCGUCAGUCCGACGAUUCUCCUCGACCGGUUCCCCUCCCUCGAGCAACUCCGCCUCCGUCUCGUCGAUUCAGGCACGGUCGUCCCCACCUUCCCAGCCACCUUGCGCAUUCUCGACAUCGAGUGCCCCUACUCGCGCCUCGCCGAACUCCGUACCGCCCUCAGCGCAGCCCAGUCGAACCGCUCCCUCCAACGCUUCCGCUUCAUCGCCCUCUUCUUGCCGCAUGACCUGGAGCGAGACACUUGGACGCUAUGGACUGGGUUUACGCAGCUGUGGAGUCGGGGACUCGAGGCGCAGGGAUGCCAGGUCUUUGGCGAGCUAGAGGAUGCGUGGGAUGAGGACGACGACGAGGAGGACGGGGAUUGGCCGGCUUUGUGGGAAGCUUUGGAUGAGGCGUUGAUGGCCAGCGAUGACGAGAUGGAACUUGACGAAGAGGCGGCGCGGGAACUGGACUCGGACGACGAGUUUGCGACGGGUUUGGACUACGAAGUCGAGGACGACGGGAUCUGGACGCGCUUUUGGUCGGAGGAGAAGCAGCAGCGACGAAGGGACAUGCGUAUGUACCGUUCUUCUGUCCGCUUUCGAUGCCGUAUCGCCGCCCUGCCCACCGAAACCCUCCUCGCCAUUAUCGAAGCCGCGACUUGGUGUCCUGGGCGCGGCGGGCCCAACCCAGAUCUUCUCGCACCCCUGGGACUCGUCUGCCGAGCCUGGUACCGCCUCACGCGCCCCCUCGUCUACCGCGACUUCAUCGCCGCCCUCCCUCCUCGUCCCGACAUCCUCGUCGACCCGAUCGACGGCGGCAAUCUCGGCCGCUUCGUCCAUUCGCUGCGCUUUGCGCCGUAUAUCAAGGGUCCGCCGAAGGUGAAAAUCAAGCGACUGCGCCGGCGGUGGGAGUUCGAGGGCGAUUACCGCGACAGAUACAGCGACGACGACGACGAGUUCCCGACCUUCGUUCCGUUCUGUCGGAUGCGCUAUGAGGACCCUGGGGCAUUCAGAUUGAUGCAGGAGGCAGAUGAUCUGAAGAGCGUUCUGGGUUGGAUCGACAACGCUCGUUCUGCAUGGAGCGACUUCGUUCGCGCUGCUGCACCGACGCUGAGACGCCUCGAGCUGGCCGACAUGAGCGAAGUACCGAUCUUCGACAUGUAUACCCAUGUCCCGCGACGCAUCAGCUCGGAGUGGGCGCAAGCUGCACUCGGCAUCUCGACACUACCGCCCUUCCUCGCCUUGACCUCGCUGCACUUGACGCUGCAGAACGACUACCAUCUCGACGAGUUCCUCGAGCACCACAGGGCGUUCCCGAACCUGGAGGAGCUCGUCGCCCUCUUCUCAGGCGAGGUCUCCCUGCCGGCCAAAUCGAACAGGCGCAGCUGGCACACGCCGAAGUACCUUGUUCCGUCGUGGCCGGGUCUCGCAAGGCUCAGCUUCGGACGGCCGACCACUUACGACCCAGACUGCGCCGACGAGGACGCCGUCGACCUCGAACGGCUAUGCCAGACUUUCGAGUUUGCUGCGCCGACCCUUGAAGAAUGGACGAUUGACCUGUAUGACCAAUCGACGGCUCUGUCUGCCGCACCGCACUACGCCAUUCAUCUCUUCACAAAGGAUGAAUAUCCUCGGCUCCAACGCUUAACGAUUCCUGACGCAUACAAGGCGACCGACCACACCGAGCUCAACGUCCUCUUUCCCUCGCUCAGAAGUCUGCGCAUGCGCUCACAGGUACCACAGGAUGCACAUGGCAGCGCUUUCUCAGAUCUGCCGGACUCGCUCGCGUAUCUCGACCUCCUGUACCCUUGCCACAGUCUUCACCGUCUCGUCAGCCUGGUCGAUCGCGCACCGGGCCUCAGAACGCUAUACCUUCGCUUGCAGGACGACAUCGGCGACUUUGAUCCCGUCAACAACGACUAUGACCGGCAGACUCUCCUCAAUUUGCGCCGUGCGCUGGGCAAGGCGGGCAUCGUUUGCCAAGGCGCAUUCGACGUACUCGACUCGGACUCAGACGCAGAUGACGCGUCGUUCGAGGAGGCUUCGGACGAUACGGACGGGUCGGUCGACGAGUUGGCGGGCGAGGUCAUCGAUUCGGACGAGGACGAGAAGCGACAAAUCGAGCUGGAAGUGCGGGAGGCAGAAGAGCGGGGAAGACGCAAGGAGCGUAUCGAUCAGGAGCAGGAGUAG